UCUUUGUUCCAGCAAAAAAAAAAACCUCCAGACACACACAAUCAUGUCCUCAUCUAAAGCCGAUCCUCGUCGAAUUGACAAAAUCGUUCCUUAUCACAUGCCACCCAAGGAGUCUGGCGAUGUAGAUUACGCAGGAAACAUUGCCAUGGCAGUUGCUAUGGGUAAUAUCAUGAUCCGCAACACGAUGAAAGCCAUCCCAUGGAUUGCUGCGUAUUUCGGCUUGUCAUCGUUACUCAACACCCGAAGAAGCCGCAAGGAAGAUAGUGUAGGAUGGAGUGGAGGCGUACUGGCAUUUGUUUCCUUGUUUACGUAUUAUCUCAACAUGUACAUGGCGUACAAGCGCAGCGACUUUUACAAUGCACCAGCUUCGAUGGAAGGAGAACCAAGCCCAGUCUAGAGCACACUCCUCGUAGUCGUGGUGGUGGUGGAAAUAAAAAGUGUAAUAAUAACAAUAACAAUAAUAGUAAAAAAUACGGGAAAGGGAAAGAAACGUCCUCAGUUGGCAUAGAAAAGAUCCAGAACGUGUGUGUUGAAUACAAGUGGCAAGUCUUGUGACUUUUGUUGAAGAAAGACUAGACCACCUUUAAUUAGGGUCCUUCUCUCACGUCCCAUUAUGCACACACCACCCUGGAGGGCCCCUGCCCCGCACCCACCCAAAAAAGACGAAACAGGUGCGGGGUUAAGGAAAUCGAUGAUAAUAAUGCUGCUGUAUGAUAUCAUAGCAACAGCAGCUUGGGGUGACACAAAGGGCCGGUAUAUGGGCAUGACUUGACAAGACGCACACAUGUUUUUUCUUUUUUUUUUUUCUUUUUUUUCCAACAAGGAAAUAAGCCAAAACAAAGAUAUU